UCCAGCUGCUGGCUUUUUUAGGACAUUUAUCCAUGCGGCGUUGUUUUGGAAUGGCCAUGAAAUAUAUUGACAUUGGGGCCAACCUGACGGACCCCAUGUUCCAGGGCUGCUACGGCGGAUCCCAGAAGCACGAGCCCGACCUGGACAAGGUCUUGCAGCGCGCGUGGCAACAGGGUUUGCAGAAGAUCAUCGUCACCGCCGGCUGUCUGAAGGACGUGGACGAGGCACUGGAACUGGCCUCCAAGGAUGAGCGCAUCUACACCACAGUGGGCACACACCCCACCCGGUGCGAGGAAUUCGCACCAGACCCAGUGGGCUACUACGAUCAGUUGCGAUCCAGGAUCAAGUCAAAUCGCAGCAAGGUGCUGGCCGUGGGGGAAUGUGGUCUGGACUACGAUCGCCUUCAGUUCUGCGGCCAGGAAACCCAGCGUCUGUAUUUCGAGAGGCAACUGGACCUAGCGGCCGAGUUCAAACUGCCCCUUUUUCUGCACAUGAGAAAUGCUGCCGAGGAUUUCAUGACCAUCCUGGAAAGAAAUCGGGACAAGAUCGAGCAGUGCGGCGGCGGAGUGGUGCACAGUUUUACAGGAACAUUGGAGGAGGCCCAGCGCAUCCUGGCCUUCAGUGGUCUGUACAUAGGCCUCAAUGGGUGCUCCCUAAAGUUGGAAGAAAACGCCGAAGUGGUGCGCAAGCUACCCAACGACAGGAUAAUGCUGGAAACCGACUGCCCCUGGUGUGGCAUUCGACCCUCGCAUGCAGGGCACAAGUACGUGACCACCAAGUUUCCCACCGUCAAGAAGAAGGAGAAAUGGACAGCCGAGUCCCUAAUAGACGGACGCUGUGAGCCUUGCCAAAUCAGCCAAGUUUUGGAGGCCAUUGCCGGAAUCAAAGAGGAGCCCAAAGAAGAGCUGUCAGAGAUAUACUACCAAAACACAUUGGACUUAUUCUUCAGUAAGGCAGAAUAGAAAGAAUAAAACAACGUGCAUUUACAU